GAAACGGGAACGCUGGUUGUGUGGCAUUCGGCGAGUAAACAAGGCGAGAGACAAGCAUGAUGGGAACGAGGCUGGGGUGGGCGGGUUGCCCAAGGGACUUUGACCCUCUACGGUGGGAGUGACGCACUGCCUUUGACGAAUGGUGGGCCCAGAGUGUGAAUUCCAAGAACUGCGGUGGUCCCGAUGGAACCCAUCCAGCGUCCCAUUCAGCCUGCCGCUCUCUCCAUCCUGCUUCGUGUUGGAGCAGAUUCUCCCGAGACCAAAGCUUCAAUGAUCUUCUUGAUUGGUAGCGUUCCCAGACGAGAUUCGAGACCUCUCGAGCCCUUUGGCGAGUUUUGGGACUCGUUCCUGUCUGCUUUAACGACUUCUGCCUCCAAAUUAUACAUCGUAGAUAGGUUGCUCGGAUAGUGAUCGGGAUGAGAGUUUAUACCGUUACCGUUCAUUUCUUUAAUUAUGAGCGAUAGAAAGCUGUCUAGCUUGUAGGAUGUUCCCGCGAAGUCUUCUCCGCAUGUGUCUCGUAGCUAGUAUCCCAUUUUCGUGGCUCUGCUGGUCUCCCUUCUGCUAACAGCACUCUCGUCAUCACAUUUGUGUGCAUGCUACUACGUUCUUCCUUGGGUUUGAGGACAAGUUGCAGCGAUUUUUAUCGCUCCACUGCCAUUUCAAAAUGGAGAAGUUGAGUGACGAUGAGGUAGGGCAGAUAAUGAGACGAGUUAGAAGCAGAUCAGAUCGCAGGGCUUGCGCUCAAGUUUGCAGUCAAUGGCACCGCGUUGAGGGACUCACAAGGAAUUCGUUGCGAAUUCUGGAUCCUCAACUUAUGCAUCAGUUUCUUCCUCAUUUCCGGAAUCUUCUUUCCAUCGAGGCGCAAAUGGAAGUAUGCGACCGCGACCUCGAAUGCAUGGCGGAAAACUGUCGUUCCUUGCAGGUUUUAAACUUGUAUUUGAGCAAGUGGAGGAGAGUCAUGGAUUUGGAAUUUCUCUCCACCUAUCAAGACUUCAAGCCUUUGGGAGACGACGGAGUUGUGGCAAUUGCGAAUAAUUGUAAGGAUUUGCAGCAUGUGUCUUUAAGAUGGAGACAAGGUAUUGGAGAUAUAGCUGUGUCGGCACUAGCUCGAUCAUGUUCCUUGCUGGUGUAUCUUGACCUGGGGCACUGUAAGAGGAUAACUGAUCGGUCACUUGAGGCAGUAAGUCACCUCGAAUGUCUGGAGGUUCUAAUUUUGCGGAACUGUAACCUAAUUACCGACUGGGGUCUCUCCUAUCUUGCUAACGGCGCUACAAAUAAACGCAUCAAGCGUCUGGAUCUCUGUGAGUGUGAUCAACUGACGGAUUCUGGAGCUGUUUUGUUGCAGCAGCUUAGCGCUCUACAAGUUCUCAAUUUGGCUGAGUGUGGACCGAACGUCACUGAUGUUGGUGGUACAGGUAUUGCUGGUGUCACAACUCUUCAAAGCUUGAACUUGGCCUGGCUCAUCAAUGUAUCUGAUGUGUCGAUAAUUACAAUUGCUCAUCACUGCGUAGAUAUGGAGGAACUGAACUUAAGUGGCUGUGAGCUAGUCACAGGAACAGGUCUUCGUGCGUUCGCUGGACACAAGAAACUUCGAGCCCUUACUCUUUCUUCCUGUAGCAAUAUCCAUAGUGAUGAUGUCGACGCAACUGCAAGCUCAUGUUUAGCUUUACAUUACUUGUGUCUUGAUCGAGGAUUGAGACCUUGGAUGCCUGAAGAGUGUUUGGAGAGGCUCCAGUCUCGUAAAAUUGAAAUUGAGUGGUUGUAAGGCGCACACCAGAUGCGUAUAAAAUCUGCAUACAUUUCUCACUCAACCUCUUAUGUGUUUAUUAUAUUCUAAUGGUCAGCC